AUGCCUUUUUUUGGCGAAACGCAGUCGCCGUAUGACGAAGUUGUCGCGAAAGCCACUAGUGAAACAUGCAGUGACGAGAAUUGGCGGUUAAUAUUUGAUAUAGUUGAUCGCGUUUUAGCGGACCCCAAAGGUCCUAAGUUAUGCUUACUGUCUUUGAAAAAACGACUAAAUCACCGCGACCCUCAUGUAGUUUUGCUAGCUCUGAGUGUACUUGAUGCUUUAUGGUGUAACUGUGGACAGGCUUUCCGCCAGGAAGUUUCUUCCAGGGAAUUUUCAUCCGAGCUUGGAUACAAGGCAACUCAGAGUAAUCGUGCAGUCAGUGAAAAAACUCGGUCUCUUAUUAAAAAGUGGGUGGAACAGGAAUGCAAGGAAGACCCUUCUCUCGGAUUAAUAGAGUCACUUUAUAAAAAUCUUUUGGCGGACGGUUACUCUUUCGAGACUGAACAGUUAGAAAAGAAACCAGCUAUGGUGACAGAUCCAAAUGUAGUACAAAGUGCAAAAGAGGAAGAGGAUAUUGCACGUGCGAUCCAACUGUCAUUAGACGAAUCAAAGCGAGAGAAUCCAAGCUCCACAAUUAGCAGUACAACACAACCACAUAUAAGCAGAUGUGUCGAACGCGAUGUGAGGGCUCUUUAUGACUUUGAAGCUGCGGAAGAUGGUGAAUUAACUUUCUCUGCUGGGGAUACUAUAACUAUACUUGAUGAGUGUGAUGCAAAUUGGUGGAAAGGUAGGUGUAAGGGAUCAGUCGGCGUUUUUCCGUCUAGUUUCGUUACUUCUGAUCUUAACGAACCUGUCAAAGAAGCUGAUUCAUCUUUACGGGAACAAGAGGAAGUUACUACUCAGCAACCGGUUUUAGUUGCCCGUAUUGACGAAGAUUUGCUCGCAAAAUGCGAGGUUAUGCUGCAGGAAUGUCACCCAUCGAAAGCCGAAGAUCCAGAACUCCCUGAGAUAGAGAAACAGUGUCUGGCACAGGAGCCUUUAAUUGAAGCCCGUAUUGCGGAAAUUGAUAAGCAGUCAAGUGCUUUAGAUUCUAUUGAAGCUUCAAUCGCAAAUGCACUGAAUCUUUAUGACAGUGUUAUCCAACAACAGCAGCAACAGUUUUCAAUUCCCAAUAUGCAGCAAGUACCCACUGACACGACUUAUCAGACUGGGCCUCAGCAAUCCGUACAACAGCAGUGGCAGCAACCUCAGACAUGGGGCCCCCUGCCAAGCCAGCCGAGCAUUUAA